AUGAGGUGCAAGAAACAUAUAACUGAUUUCAGCAGCACCGUCGGUGUUUGUUCGACUUGUUUAAGAGAACGCCUCAUACUCUUAAUUGCAGCCCAGGCUCAAGCCCAAGCCCAAUUAACGAGAAUCACCUCACACGACGAUUCUGAUGAAUGUUCUAGAAGCUCUGAAACCAAUCUUCCGCCUCCGUUAAUAUUUCCACGCUCUGUUUCUCCUUACGUAUCUCGCCGGAAAUCUGAUUACGCCACCGCGUGUAACGGCCAUGGUGACCGUCGUGAAAGGCUUUUUAAUAGUACUCCGCAGCUCGGUCCCAAUUUCUACGGCGGCGAUUGUGCUUUGAAUUCUAAUCCUAGGUCGUUGAAGAAGCGAUUGAGCAAGUUUUGGAAAUUUUCGAAUCUAUUUAGGACCAGAUCGGAGAAAAUUCAAUCUGAUCCGUCUUGUGAACCUUCUUCAUCAGUGUCUCCUUCGUGGUUGUCUUCAAUUUUUCCUGCUCGUCGGAAGAAUCAGGAACGGACCGGGAUGACGGAGGAUUUUUCUGUUCGACCACGGCGGAGAUACCGUCAAUCGGAUCGUGGAAUGUCGCCGGUGAGAACAGAGGAAUAUGUUGAUGAUUGCGAUCAGUGUCCGUCUGGUAGUGGUUACUCGUCGGAGUCUUCUCCUUGGUGGCGGAGAACGCCGUCGCUAAAUGCUCCUUCGGCAGCACGGCGUUCAAGGUUCGGCCACGGGAAAACCGCGUCAAGUUCGGGUAUUUUUUGCAUGAGUCCUUUGGUUCGGGCAAGUCCAAACCGGAGAUGGAACAAUAAAGGAUUACCUCCGGAGAUGUCUGCGGCGGCGGACGUUAGGACUGCGGCGGUGAAGCCAAACCUCUCCGCAGCGGCGUCGUUUUGUGCGAACCGUUCCAGGAAGCUUGCAGAUUUUGGAAGAGUCAACCAUAACCGUUGA